AUGUGCAAGAGAGUCAGGAGCGAGGAAGGGCUGCUGAAGGAGGGAGGAGGAACAGUUGCCGGCUUAGACGGGGGUGGAGGGCGGCGUGGCUUGCCUCCUAAGGCGAGAUCUUCCUUAUGGAGGGCUCUUCGUUCUGAUUUGUUGAACGGCAACACCUUCCCUGAAUGGUGA